AGCGUCUGCCGGGGGGAGGAGGAUGAGGGGGCGCCGCGGCGGCGCUUGUGGUGCAGCCGCGCUCGUCUGACCGGGCCCCGCGGUCCCCGCCGCUUCCUCCGUGCCGCCCUCCCUACGCCCCGCGCCGCGCCGUGCCGUGCCGCCGCCCGGGGCGGGGGAGUCGCCGAGAGUGGAUGCCUAGGGGGCACCCACGGGGCAGGGACCAGCGGACGCCAUGGGCUGCUGCAGCUCUGCCGCGCAGAGUUCCAAGCGAGAGUGGAAGCCUUUGGAAGACCACAGCUGCACAGAUGUACCAUGGCUGCUCUUAUUCAUCCUCUUCUGCAUAGGAAUGGGUUUUAUCUGUGGCUUUUCAAUAGCUACAGGAGCAGCUGCAAGACUGCUUUCGGGAUAUGACAGUUAUGGAAAUAUUUGUGGACAGAAAAAUGUCAAGGUGGAGGGAAUAGUCAACAGUGGUCUGGACCUCACACACAAGAAGUAUGUAUUCUUCUUGGAUCCAUGCAACAUUGAUCUAGUACAUCAGAAGAUUAAGUCUAUUGCCUUAUGUGUAUCAGCUUGCCCAAGGAAAGAAUUGAAAACUCUGGCUGAUAUACAGAAGUUUGCAGAAACUAAUGGAUCCACUCUGUGUAGCUAUGAACUACAGCCAUCAGAAUAUACAACAGACCCAAGGGCUGCCAAGUUAUGUCCUAAAUAUCCUGUUCCAGAGAGUGCACCUAUUCCAUUCUUCCAUCGCUGUGCUCCUGUGAACAUUUCCUGCUAUGCCAAGUUUGCAGAGGCCCUGAUCACCUUUGUCAGUGACAGUAGUGUCUUACACAGGCUGAUUAGUGGAGUUAUGACCAGCAAAGAGAUUAUAAUGGGACUUUGCUUGUUAUCACUAGUGUUGUCCAUGAUUUUAAUGGUUAUAAUAAGGUACAUUUCAAGAGUACUUGUCUGGAUUUUAACAAUUCUUGUCAUUCUGGGAUCGCUUGGUGGUACUGGAGUCCUCUGGUGGCUCUAUGCUAAACAACGAAUGUCUGUUGGUGCUCUUGAGACCCAAAUAGCCAAAGACAAUCUUCAGGCUCUCUUGAUCUAUGCCAUUGCAGCUACAGUCUUCACGGUUAUCUUGUUCUUGAUCAUGUUAAUUAUGCGCAAAAGAGUAGCUCUCACUAUUGCCUUGUUCCACGUGGCUGGCAAGGUCUUCAUUCACCUGCCACUGUUAGUCUUCCAGCCAUUUUGGACAUUUUUUGUGCUUAUCCUCUUCUGGACAUACUGGAUCACCGUCCUGCUUUUUCUUGGUACUACAGGUAGUCCUGUCCCAAAUGAGGAAGGAUUUGUUGAAUUUCGGAUGGCAGGUCCUUUGAAAUACAUGUGGUGGUACCAUGUAGUGGGACUCAUCUGGAUCAGCGAGUUUAUCCUAGCCUGUCAGCAGAUGACAGUAGCAGGGGCUGUUGUAACAUACUAUUUUACAAGGGAGAAAAGAAAUCUACCAUUUACUCCUAUUCUGGGAUCUGUUAAUCGCCUUGUUUGUUACCACCUAGGAACAGUAGCAAAGGGGUCUUUCAUUAUCACACUAGUGAAGAUACCACGAAUGAUUCUUAUGUAUAUUCAUACACAACUCAAAGGAAAGGAAAAUGCUUGUGCUCGCUGUAUGCUUAAAGCCUGCAUUUGCUGCCUUUGGUGUCUAGAAAAGUGCCUGACAUACUUAAAUCAGAAUGCGUAUACAGCCACAGCUAUCAACAGCACCAAUUUCUGCACCUCAGCAAAGGAUGCCUUUGUUAUCCUAGUGGAAAACGCUUUGCGAGUGGCUGCCAUAAACACAGUUGGGGAUUUUAUGCUGUUUCUAGGAAAGGUCCUGAUUGUCUGCAGCACAGGUUUGGCUGGCAUUAUGUUGCUGAAUUACCAACGAGAUUACACCAUCUGGGUGCUGCCACUCAUCAUUGUCUGCCUCUUUGCAUUCCUGGUUGCUCACUGCUUCCUUUCCAUUUAUGAAAUGGUUGUUGAUGUCCUUUUCUUAUGUUUUGCCAUCGAUACAAAAUACAAUGAUGGGAGCCCUGGCAGGGAAUUCUACAUGGAUAAAGUUCUCAUGGAGUUUGUGGAGAAUAGUAAGAAAUCUAUGAAAGAAGCUGGCCGGGGAGGUGGAGCUGAAGGCAGAGAGCUAAAACCAAUGGUAGGUGCAGAUGAGGAGGUGGCGAUCCUCCAAGAGUUUCACUUUUACUUCUUCUCCCUCUUUGUCUUUACUGACUGCACUUCUUCAGGAGAAGUUUUUGUUCUCUGUAUCACUCAAGAUGUUCUGCUUUUUCUGUUUGUGAGCUUGCCUAUCACCUGGAUGGCAGAGUUUUUGUCACAGCUGAGACCAUCUCCUGUAAAAGUAAGAUGAAAGGAACUGUCUCAUAUGAAACAAAUGCAGUAUCAUUUCAUUAGGAUUAGUGGUGCAUGCCAUGUGGUAUAUGCAGACAGCCCCAGAUGCUGAACAGUCUAAAAAUAAGCUGGGUCUGAGAUUCAAUGGGCGCUUCUCAGCCCUGAGAUGAACAAUUUUUGCUCAUCUUACAUUCACUGCAAAAGUCUGAAAUGAAGAACACUUACUGCGUGCAUCCAUUGUUGCAAAGUAAGACCAGGUAUUCAAAGCCCUCACCAAAUUAUGUUACACAGUGCCAAGGAAUUGGGUACAGUGAUUCCUUUCAACCUGCUCAAAUGACAUUUCUCCCAGUUGUUUGUUUUAUUGCCAACUACUUAUGUUGCUUGUCUCUUGUGUGCUCUUUCCAUUUCACACUGUCAGAUGCACAGACAGUGAACAAUGCAUCAUUUAUGCUUCUGCAGCCUGUUUUAGUUAUGGUGUGCCUGGUAGGAAGGCAUUGCAUGUCUGAGUAGCCUGGAAUAAGAACACUAUACAUGGUACAGAUAACAGAUAGGAGGAUAAGUUUGGAAGGUGGAGGACAGAGGGUGUAUAACAGAGAGCCAGGCUGGGCAAGGUAUGAUUUCUCAUCGUACAUUAUGACUUAGUGAAACAAAAUAUUUUUCCAUUAUCACUUUCUCAGAGUGUUUGGGGUCUUAUUCAUUUCCGUACCAUGGGGAUCAUUUUUUAACCAAAUGGAAUCUAAAUAAGUGUAUGCUAACAGAAGAAUUUCUUUUUCCAACAAUGUAUGUGAAGCCAUGUUGCAUGAGCAUUUUUUGACUAAGCUGGAAUGGGUUCCUGCUAUAGACUGGAUAGAUGUGUAGCUUUGCGUGUUUUGCUAUUUCAUUAUGGCAUACCAGUUUCUAGAUUUGCUUAUGCCUAAAUGCUGCUGUGUUUAUACAUAUAAAAAACUAAUUCUAUGCUCAUUUACCGUUUUCUUCUGGGAGUAAUUCUAGCUGGUCAAGCAGACACUAACGUUGGGAUUUUCAGAGCGAUCUAAUUGCUGUAAAUGCAAAUGUGCCAUGAAAAUGAUUGAGAAUUGGGUGUGCAAGCUCUCUAGUAAUAUGCACAAAAAUUCAGUUCAAAGUUUUAUGUGAAACUCUGUUUCAAAUAAUUGAUUAACCUUAAGUGGUUUUCCACUUACACUGUUGUCAGAGCUGGCACCGACUGCUACUUACGCUUUUGUACUUGACUGCCUGAAGCUUGGAUGUUAAGAAACUUUAUUCAGUCCUGCCCCUUGUAGAAUUGCAAACCAAGUACUUGCAAACCAAGGGUGGUUUUAUUCUUUGAGAUUUUUUAUGGACUCUUGGACUGGCUGAAAGUCCUCUUAGGAUCACUGGAGAAGAUGCUGAGCACUUGAAGCUCAGAGUGGAAGUCUCCUGCUGAAUUACUCCCAAUUCUGCUGCUCAUGUGAAUGUCUCGUUUGGAACUGUUUGGGCCUUGUGGUUUUCCAUUUUUGGGCAUUCAGCUCCAGUUUGAUUGUGAAAUACUAGGAUCUCACUUCCUGAUCACGAUGGGACACAGCAGUUAAAUUUCUGAGACCUUUCCCCAAAGUAGAGGGCCUCAGUUAUAGCUAGAAUAGGAUCAUUCAUAAGUCUGUUGUGUAACGGUAGUGCCUGUAGUCCCAAAAUUGCAUGUCUGAAAAUUAGAUCAACACUACUUUUUUCUCUUUUUUUACAAACAGAGUCUUUACUGGUUUGCUUCAGUUUCCUUGAAAUGCAGAUAUUUCUUAGAUAUGACAAUUAUUUCUUCAAGUGAAAUGCCCUAAGUGCAGUUGCAUUUAAAAUAGAUAUUAGUAGCAGAGAUGAGAAAACACUUUAGGAAGUUCUGUUCUUGUAUCAAGGCACAACAAAAAACCCCACCUUUUCACACUUUUUUCUUUAUGGCUUCCAGUGACACCUUUGACUCAAUUUCUCCUUGUCCUUUGGCAUCUGUCUAAGACUGUACUGUAUGACUUUGUUUUCUAGGCCUCUGGAGCAAGUUCAUCUUGAAACUAGCCAGCCAUAUUGGAACCCAUUGACAUUCCAAAACAGUAUAUAUAUACAUAUAUACAUACAUACAUAUAUAUAUAUAUAUAUAUCUAUAUAUAUAUAUCUAUAAAAUUAAACAGCCAAAAUCAGAGAAAAGGAACAGGGAUUUAAAACUUUUUUUAACAAUUAUUUUUGUGAAACAUGUACUCUUUUCAUACGGGUGGCUUUUACAAGCAGCUUUAUCAUUGUUCCAUUUCUUAAGUUAUUUGUUGUGGUCAUGGAAAUGUUGAUUCUUAUCUGCUUGAUAUUUUAAAAUCUGGAGGAAGUAUCAUUGUAAAGAUAAUCUGAAAUCAUGACUGGGUUUAGAGACAGAUUUCCCAUGACACUGCUAAUCUACUGAGAGUUUUACUUGUUUAAUUUCUUUAAAAUUUUCAUUAAAUUCAGGACAGUGACAUGUACAGAAAACCUUAAAAUCAAGAAAAAAUUCAAAUUUAUUUUUUCAAGAGGUUGUUUCAGCAAAAAUUUGUUCAGUUGAAAUGUGUUUGUAAGCAGUUAUUUUACUUUACAGCCCUGGCAGGGCACAGUUCUGUUUACCAGUAUCAGACAUCACAAUAACCAACUCCUCAGGUAUUUAGGUGUGUGGGAGCCCUUGCAUCUCCUAUUAAACAGAACCUACAAAAUGGGGACAGAUAAUUUUUAUAUGCAAUUAACUUCCUGCUUACCCUACUUUUACCCCUCAUACCCAUUGCCCUCUAUCCUCCCCCUGAGUUCAGUAGCCUCCUUCACACUUCAGCAGUGUUCCUUUGAAGGGUAUGGAUUCUCCAUACAGGCAAGUGAAAUAACAGAUUGUUAAAGCUCAGUCUUAGCCAUACUCAUGAUUAAUUCAUGACUAGAUACAAAGAUGCUGAGGAUGGGAAGAGAAAUGAAUUAUACUGCUGUACAUAAAAAAGUACUAUAUGCUUCAUUUCAUCUAAUGAGAGAGCUCUGGGAGGUAGAAAGGAUCAUUCCUUGCCUGUUGCUUGAUCCAUAUUUGUACAUACUGUAGUGGGUGGCAAAAGCCAGAAAGGGCAGAGAAACAUUCCUUUGGAAGUGUAGCUGCCAGGAUAGUUAUCUGAAAUUAUCAAAUAAUGACAAGAGAACAUGCUUUUCUAUUAUUAUUAUAUACAUAAAUAUCUCUUCAGUCUGGAAGUUCACCAGACGUGAAUGCUAAUAUUCAAUUAUUCAGCAUAGUGAAUUGGUAAAUGCAUAACUGUAUUUGCUAAGAAUUUAUGAUCUGUCUAUGCUAUAUAUUCCUUUUGUUAACAUUUUUUUAAGAAAACUAUUUUUGUUAUUGUAAAGUUAAUAUUUCAGAGCAGAAUUUUUAAACUUAUUGCACUAAUUACAAGCUGUCUGCAAAUAAUGAUGCCUCAAUGGUUCAAUCACUCCAUUCCAGAAAAUCUUUUGAAAGAGUAAGAGCCUUUCUACAGAAGCUUUAUGAUGGAGUAGAGAGGUAUGUCUAGGUAAAGACAUGCACAAAUCGUGUAAUCAAGGUUUAGUAAGUAAGCAGUUAACUGUGCUUCCUUUCAGACUAUCAGACUUCUAAAUUGCUGCUGAAGUUUUAAAUAAUUAUGUAGUGUCAUUUAGCUAACUAGUGCUCUUAUCUUUUUGGCAAUAGUAAAACGUUUCACUUUUGCUUCCAGAAGUCAUUUGAUAACUUAAAUUUGUUAUUUUUUUUUCCUAUAAGCCAGUUAAAACAAUUUACACUUUUCAUAUCACAGAACCCAAACUAUUUGAAUGGUACAAAAAUAAAGAUACAUUCAGAAAUGAUAGCUGUUGGGGAGGCAAAGAGACUUAUCCAGUCCUGGAAGCACUUACUCAUUUAAGUGAACCAUAUCUGUAACUACUAGCAUCAGGAGGGCUCUCUUAAGUAUGGAAAUUGUAACAUACAUAUCUAUGUAAGUGCUGACUGGACUAGAGCUUCAGCCUAGGGAUUCAAACUGGAGCACAGGUGAGGACUCUCUGUGCAAGUUAGAGGUCAGACUUGCCCAGAAGAAGCACUGGAGCAGCCUUACUUUUGUGGAGAGGAGACAUUCCUGCAGUACCAGUGUCUAAGAUGGCAGUGGUACUCAACACCAGUAUUUGUGUAGAUCAGAGGGGUUUAGCAACACAAAUGUAAAAACUAGCUUAGAUGAAUUCUGGAAACUGGUUUUCAAGACUAAAAGACUUAUCAAGUACCCAGUUGCUUCCAGAGAAUCUAGUUUUCAUCUUGUUUGGAGGUUAUUGGAAGUGCUUAAUCAAAGAAACCUUGUAUUCUGCUCAUUUUGAUAAGAAAAUUCUGCCAUGACUGGUUCCACAAGUUUGUGUUCUUCACUCAGUGGAUGUCCUGAGUGGGAACUAUACUCUGUAAUUGCAACUAGGACUGCAAUUGGUAACAAAUUUUGUAUUUUUGUAUUACUUGACUGUGCACCAUUUUUAUAGCAGUUUAUCCUGUCUUAAAAAUAAAUUUGUUUAUUUACAUGGUGUUUAAAAGACACAGGCAACACUUUUCUAUGGGUAGUUGUAAUGUUUAAGUGAGAAACCUAUAUAAUUACAAAGUUCUUAAUAAAAAUGUGUGCACCAUUCUUGAGUGUAUAUCCAGCAUGCAGAGCUUUUCAGUCUUGACAAAAAGGCAUUCCAUCCACACACAGGCUUUCCAGUGGCCCCUUAAAGCUUUUGAAUGCCCGUUGAAGUUCAUUUGCAACCAAACUACAAGCUGCCCUCUUACAGCUCUGUCUUGUGCACAGAGAUAAGCAGAAGACAGAAUUUUGAAAAGACAACUUUUCAGGACAAAUUUAGACUGCUUUCCUUUCCUAGUGGGGAUAGUGAAGUGGGAGGACAUUUUGGCAUGUAAAUCCCAUACAUAAAUUUUGGCAGUAGGGGUGUUGGGGUCUGCCAGCUGUGAGGGAUUAAAUACUUCUUUUGACUGUUGGUUAUUAAAGCCAGUGUAUGGUCUGCUUUGUGGGAAGCAGUCUAGACUAAGUAGAGAGUGAUGCUGCACUGAGAAUAACAAUGCAGGAGGAGCAGAUGAGACAGCUAAAACAGAGAAAUCAUCUCCUCAGAAAGUCCAGUGAAUUGAAUAGUGCUAAAAGACUGGAGAUUUAGGCUGGACAAUUUGGAUUUAGAAACAAUCAUUGGGAUUACUACUUCCCAGCAUUGGGUUUCUGCAUCAUAGCCUCUGACCAGUUAAGUUUCAAACAGAAAAAACAUACCAAUCCUUAAUUUGUUAAUUUUUCCCCCCUUAUUUUUUCUGUUUGGAAGUUGAACAGUACCAUGCCAUCUUUACUGCUUCUUCCAGCCUUAGAGAAUGUUUUUUAUUGUUGUUCUUUUGGGUCUCAUUUCCAUAUUGCUCUCUGAGUAAAAGAGUGGCAAGUGGCAGAGUGUCAGCUCCCCUUUGUCCCUUGAUCUUACCACAUUCCCUUUCACCUUCCUGAGGCAAUGAUUCAGGAUAUUACCUUUAGUGAAUGAGAGGGAGAGUAUGUGCUAAGCUAAAGUUCUGACGUAGAAUUUUUUUCCUUUUUUUGUCUGGUAUUACUCCAUCACUGUGGUUAGCAGUGCAACCAAUCACUUCUAGAGUUUCACUGCUGCUCCACAGCUAGACUUAACACAUAGGAUGGCUAGCUAGGAUUUGCAUCUUCAGCAUUCCAUGAACUCCCAGUGCCAGAACCAGGAUGGGCUUCUAAAUGUGGCCUUACAUUGGCAUAGUAAAUGAAGGACUUUUUGCAUUUGGAAAGCAUUUUCUAUAAGGGAGACCUAACAAUGGAAAAUGCAGUUAAAUGUUGUGGUGGGUUGACCAUGGCUGUCACAUACACUGCUAUCUGUUGCUUGCUCAGGAUGGGAGACAGCAGUGAAAGGACAAAAAUACUGAUCUAAGUGCAGUUAUAAGCAAAUAAAGGGAAAAAAACCCAACAAAAACAAAGGCAAUCAUUUACCAGCAGACCAACGCCCAGCCAAUCUCCAAGCAGCUGCUGCUUGUGAACUACACCCACCCCAGUCUGAUUGCUGAGUGUUACAUUAUAUGAUGUGGAGUAUUUCUUCAGUCUGUUCAGGUCAGCUGUCCUGGCUUUGUGCCCUCUCAUCCUUUUGCCUAACCCCAAACGACUGCGGGGGUCAUAGAGUGGAAAAUAGAGAAGGCCUUGACCCUCUGCAAGCACUGCUCAGUAGCAGGUAAAGCUUUGUGUUGGCAGCACAGUUGCAGAUCUAAAACACAGCAUCUUGCAGAUUGCUGACUGUCCAGUCUAACCCAGUACACAGGCCCACCUACCCAGUAAUUAAUCCAAGACUUGCUCCCUGCAUUUCUGUACAGCAUCUUCUCAGGGUGGUUACUUCUUUCUGAAAGGGCUUUUUUUGCAGCGGGCAAUUAGCCUGCUCCACAGUGCUCCCUUUCAUGGAGGGAGCAGGGGAUGUUAGCUCUUACUCUUUCAGCACAUAAUGGGGAUAUAAAGCAAAAAUGAGCCCUUUCUGUAUCAGUGUUCUGGCAAUUGAGCAGCCAGUGUUGGAAACAAUAUACUUAAUGUGCCCUCAGGGCAUGCACUUUAGUGGUUUGCUCUGAGUGGUUAUGAUGUAUUCUAUGAAUGUAUGUUAUAGAGUCAGAAUAAAAUGCAUGUUGCAGACACAUACUCAUCACCAUCUAGUGAGCAUUUAGUUCAGAGUGCAUAUUACAUGCUAUAUUGAAUAUGGCACAGUCGUUUUAAGAAACAGUUUUAAGAUUUAUUAAGUAGAUACCUUACAGCAUUCCUGUUUUUUAAAUCGUGGCUUGGCCUGUGCAGAUACUGUUUACUAAAUCUAACGAUCACUAGCCCAUUGUUUCUUGAACAGCUUGUGUCACAUUAUCGACACAGAAAUUCUAUUUCAUCUUUGUGAAAAAACCAAAAAGACAACAAAACAACUCUUCUGUUUCCCAACACAAAACCCAGCAGGCUUAUUUUAAGCAUUUCUUGCCCUCAGCUUCUUUGUUGGGAUGAUGAAAGUUUACUUUAAAUAUUUCAUUUUCAAAUGCUCUUCCAACUGUUUAGUCUCUGCUGUUAUUUCCACCAUGUAACAAGAUUAUGGAGACUAGUAAAUCUGUAUUUCUUGUGUUCUGUAGCAAAUACUGUUUUCAAGGUAUUUUUUUCUUUUAUAUUUAAAGAGAUGAGAGAAAAGAUGGAACUCAUCUCCUGUGAUGUGGGUUAUGUGUAAAAGGCAAAAUUUCUGGUCUGGGAUGGAGCUGUGAUGAGUCUUGCAAUCUGAUACAAUCAAGCCGAAGCUCCUCAGAGACCAGGAUUAUGAAAAUAUAUGUAAGGAGAACCGGUAGCAUAAAUUGAUCUGAAAAUACCCAUUUGGGGGUUAAACGAUCUGGCAUUAAUUUGACAUACAUCUGUUAAAAUGAAACUAGCAGAAAACCAGCAAAUGCCCAUCAGAUUCUACUCCCCUGUCUUACUGAGGUCAAGUCAUCAUAUUUGAAUAUGGUGAGCAGAUUUUGGUGUUAUAAGCAUUUGCUUCUUCUCUACAGAAACUCCCCUUAGAACCAAAGUUCCAAGAAUUCAGAGUAAAAGUACCAGCUGACUUUUAACAGAACUAGCCUAAUUUCAGUUAUGUUAAAGGCAGCUAUGGCCUCUCUAAGUAUGUGAUUUAUAAGCAGAUACCUAACAGCAUUCCUGUUUUAUGCUGGCAGCUGAUGGAUACCAUUCCUUAAGUGUACCGCCUCUCCUCUCUGGGUUAGUGGGAAUAGGGAUUGUUUAUUUCAUAAGCUAUGGUGAAAUUAGGAAACUGAGUAGUCAUGAAACCCAGCAGAAGUUGUGCACUGACUGGAGUUCCCGCUAUAAACAUGUUUUUUAACUCUCAAAUACCAUGUGUCCUCCAUGUUAGUAUUAGUUGGGUCCCUCCCUGCUGCUCAGACUGAAACAGGAGAAUAUCUCUCAUUUGAAAAACAGCUCCACCAACAAUCUCAUAAUGUCUGCCAGGGGAGUGAGGGAAGAAAAAACAGAAAGGUGGUUUUAUUUCUAAUGUAGGACAGAAAAACUGCCAGAAGUUAGGUGGAGCCAUGGAGAGCAGAUAAAAAUAUUCCACAGGAUCUUCACAGUAGUUAAGAAAAUUCACAUUCCAAUUCAGACGUCUCACAGCAACAUAUCCCGUGUCCCACUUCAAUUUUACUCUGGAGCUCUUCAGAGCAAAAUGAAAGUGGAAUACUAUACCUAUAGAAAAUAGUUAUUUCUGUAUAAUGAAUUGUGUUGCUGAUUACAGAAACUACUCUGAGGAAAAAGGAAAAUCUUCUGAACAGAUUUUAAAGGCUUGACAGUACUUGCAUUGUCAUAGUCCAUCAAAGCUUCAUCUGGAAACGAAUUUUUCAUCCUCCUUUACUCAUACUUCUAACAGGGCAAUCAAACCCCUGGACUGGCUUAGUGAUUUACAUUGAAUCAAGAUCAACUAACAAGUGCUCCUUUUUCCAGUGGAAUGCCACCUCCUUUGAGAAUGGGAAAAGUAAAUGUGACACUGUUCAUUGUUGUCUUGAGAACUUAAACUAUUUUAUACUGCAAGCUGUGAAUGCAGGAAGAGAACAGAAAUUAACAGUGCUGAUCUAAUCUUAGAUUUUCUGUGUAAACUGACAUUGUGCCAGGAUACUGAUGCAAAACUGUAUUUUAGUCUAAGAAAUGUAUAGAUUUUUUAAUGUAUCAAAAUAAAGUUUUCCUUUUAAGU